UGUCUGUCUCUGCCUAUCUUAAAAUUAUGACAAGAUUUGAAUAAUUCUGGCAUUUCCUUCUUUCAGCACAAAAAAACCAACCUACUCAACAGUCAAACUCCUCAUUGAAUCAACAGACCAAACAACAAACAUUUUUCAUCACACUGCAUGAAUACGAUUGAGACCAUUCAAUAAAAUAUAAUAAAACUAACGGCGCAUGACCAUGAUACUUCUACCUGUCCUGCUUCUUCUCUGGGGCGUUCCCCUUUCAACGGCUACGGGCCGACUGAGACGAUUCUACUCGAUCAAUGAAACAAUGCAAAUGAAUGAAGCACUAAAUGUUUGCAGAAGUAACUACACUGACAUCGUCACAAUAUAUGAUGAAGAAGAGAAUAAUGAGUCAGUUAAUAUUCUCAAAAAUAAUACGAAUAGUGUGAGUGGUUGGAUUGGUGCCAGCAGCUGUAAAUGGUCAAACGGUGAGCUUGUCACAUUCACCAAUUACAGCGAAACUUUUAACAAGGAAAAAUGCUGUGGUGUCAUAAACACUAAUGGAAGAUGGGACUGUAUCAAUUGUACUUCAACAAAAAAGUACUUCAUGUGUUAUGAUCAAGGUCAUGGGCAACAAUCAUACAGUUUAAUCCGUAAAAACAGAAGCUGGUUUGAGGCUCAGAUGUAUUGUAGAAAGAAUCACACUGACCUAGUCACUAUCAGAGAUGAAGAGGAAAAUGAUCGAGUGAAGGAAGCAAGGAAUGGGAAUGACUCUUUCUGGAUCGGCCUCCAGUACAAUAACAGCCUUGAUUGGUUUGAUGGUGGAUAUUCAGAUUACAAACAGAUUAGUUCAUCUCAAGGAUGCUUUACAUAUCUCUCAAGCAAGAACAAUACACACGGAGGAUAUUGGUUCAAAGCUAACAAUGGUUCCUAUCUUGCUCUGUGCUACAAAAGCUUCAUUCAUGUCAGUAAGAAGAAAAUGUCCUGGGAGGACGCUCUGGAUUACUGCGACACUUACCCCAAUACAUCUGGACUCCUGAUCAUCCAGUCUGAGAACGAUCAGAUAGAAACGGAGCGAGAGCUGAUAAGAAGGAGAAUCUCGGGGCCAGUUUGGGUGGGACUCAGACAGAGUCGACUCUUCGGAUUCUGGAUGUGGAUCGACGGGCGUCAUGUGGGAAACUGGAGCAACUGGAAAGGGGGAAGUCAACCAGGAGAGAUUUCCUUUUACUGCGGUGCCAUGGAGAAGGUGGACGGUCAAUACAAACUGUGUGAUAAAGACUGUAAAUCUGAAUUUACUGUCUUAUGUGAGGGGGAGUAAUACAGGCCGGUUUAUCAUAUGCAGAUUUAAUUUCUCUGUUCAACAGUAAAUCGCUCGAUCUUCAUGUCUUGUAUAAUAAAGCUCAUAAAGCUAAUGGUAUCCUCAUGGUCCUGUUGCAUAUUUGAUUCUUAUGUUUAUCUUGUUUAUUUUAUCCUUUAACUUUUGUAAACCUUUAUGUCUCAUACUAAAAAUGAAUAAGUUGUUCAUAAAUGCAUAUUAUAUCAUUGAGUUAUUGAUAGCGUUUGUACUUGUACUAACAAUAGAGAACUGUAUUGUAUUUUAAUUCAUUGGCUAUUUAUGACUCAGUAAAUCAUAGAAUAUAUUUUAGGAGGUUUUUAUAAGGUUUCAUAAAAUACAAUCAGAAAAUGGUUGAAGAAACGUAUUUGUAGGCUUUAAAUAAAAAAUGUAUGGGUCUAUGGAUGGAUCUACAUUGAAAUAUGGACAUGCUACAAGCUAUGUAUAAAAAAUGUUAAAGAAUUUUGGAAGUUCAGUGAAUAUGAAAUUCAAAG